ACAAGCGUGGGACCGGGCCGCGCUGGGGGACCGGGAGAGGGCGGACCGCGGCGGGAGCACCGCGGCGGGAGCGGGCCCGGCGGGGCGGCCGGCUGCCAUGUACGCGGGGCUGCAGGAGCUGGGGGUGGCCAAUGGCGAGGACCUCAAGGAGACGCUGACCAACUGCACGGAGCCGCUGAAGGCCAUCGAGCAGUUCCAGACGGAAAAUGGGGUCCUGCUGCCCUCGCUGCAGUCGGCCCUGCCCUUCCUGGACCUGCACGGCACCCCCCGGCUGGAGUUCCACCAGUCAGUGUUCGACGAGCUGAGGGAGAAGCUGCUGGAGCGUGUCUCGGCCAUCGCCUUGGAAGGGAAGGUGGAGGAAAGGUACAAGAAACUGGAAGAUCUCCUGGAGAAAAGCUUUUCCUUGGUCAAGAUGCCUUCCAUACAGCCUGUGGUAAUGUGUGUCAUGAAGCACUUGCCCAAGGUGCCUGAGAAGAAGCUGAAGUUAGUAAUGGCUGAUAAGGAUUUGUAUAAAGCAUGUGCAGUGGAGGUGAAGCGCCAGAUUUGGCAGGAUAACCAGGCUCUGUUUGGUGACGAGGUAUCUCCACUGCUGAAGCAAUAUAUCCUGGAGAAAGAAAAUAUUCUCUUCAGCAACGAUAUUUCUGUCCUGCACAACUUCUUCAGUCCAUCUCCCAAAGCAAGACGUCAGGGAGAGGUGGUUCAGAAGCUGACUCAGAUGAUUGGGAAGAAUGUGAAGCUCUACGACAUGGUGUUGCAGUUCCUGAGAACCUUAUUCCUCCGGACAAGGAAUGUGCAUUACUGCACACUACGAGCAGAGCUCCUGAUGUCACUGCAUGACCUGGAAAUCAGUGAAAUCUGCACCGUUGACCCCUGUCAUAAGUUCACGUGGUGCCUUGAUGCCUGCAUUCGAGAGAAGUUUGUGGACAACAAGAGAGCUCGGGAACUGCAAGGCUUUCUGGAUGGAGUGAAGAAAGGACAAGAGCAAGUUUUGGGGGACUUAUCGAUGAUCUUGUGUGAUCCCUUUGCCAUUAACACCUUAGCCCUGAGUACCAUAAGGCACCUGCAGGACUUAGUUGGGCAGGACACCUUACCCAGGGAAAGCCCAGAUCUGCUGCUGCUCCUUAGGAUGCUGUCUUUAGGACAGGGGGCCUGGGACAUGAUCGACAGUCAAGUCUUCAAGGAGCCAAAAAUGGAAGCUGAGUUGAUCACGAAGUUCUUGCCUAUGCUGAUGUCUUUUGUGGUGGAUGACCACACAUUCAAUGUAGAUCAGAAACUGCCCUCGGAGGAAAAGGGGCCGGUUCCCUACCCCAGCACCAUUCCUGAGGCUUUCACCAAGUUCUUGCAGGAGAACAGAAUAGCUUGUGAGAUUGGGCUAUACUAUGUCCUUCACAUAACUAAACAGAGGAACAAGAAUGCUUUCCUCAGGCUCCUGCCAGCACUAGUCGAGACAUUCAGCGACUUGGCCUUCAGUGAUAUCUUUCUGCAUCUGCUCACUGGUAACCUCACACUGCUGGGUGAUGAAUUUGCAGUUGAAGAGUUCUGCACCAGUCUCUUUGAUGGCUUCUUUCUCACUGCGUGCUCAAGAAAGGAGAAUGUACAUAGACAUGUACUAAGACUGCUGCUUCAUCUGCAUCACAAAGUGGCGCCUGCCAAAUUAGAGUCUCUGCAGAAGGCUUUGGAACCCACCAAACAGAGCGGGGAGGCUGUGAAGGAGCUUCAUAACCAGCUCACUGAGAAACUGGAGCUUCGCAAGCCUAGUCCUGCCGAAGUGACCGAGACUCCCUCCAUGGAACUGCCCUUGCCCACUGUGCCCACACCAGCCUCACGCUGAGCUGUGUUUGUAUUGUGAGAGUGAGACAGCAAAACAAGCCUAGAGCUCAGCAGCCCGAAGCGCUGUACUGCCUUGUCAAGUGUCUCUGCCUGCAGGGUGGAAACAAACAAAAAAUAGCCACUGAAAAAGCUCUUUCGGGAAACACUGCAGUUUACCCAACUGUCUCUUGCUGGUUAGAAAACUCUGUGUGCAGUGCAUUUCAGAGGUUUACUUUUCUUAAAGAUAGCUGAGUGUCUUCUUGUAGAUCUACUAACAACUGACUGUACAAUUUUUUUUUUUUUGAAAAAGAAAAGGCAUAUUUUUAA